AUGUCAUAACUUCUUAACAAGAUGGUAUCAUUUGCUGUUUCUAUGUGCCAAGUAUUAUUUCAUGAUAAUUUCAUGAGCAAAAUCUUAAGCAACGACAUCGUUUUAGUGCUCAGCAAUUACACCAACAAUGAAGCCCUGAAAAAUCUGAUUUAAUUGUACAUGUAAGGAGUCGAGUAUUAUAAGGAAUGCGAGGAUCGAGCACAUUAAUACUUCGAAAUAAAGUUGAAAAAUAUAUUUACGAACCCAUCAAUUUUGCAGCCUUCAGAAUAACCCAAACAAAGUACUCCUCCAGAAAAGAAAAAAAUUGAAGUCCCCACAAUAAAUGUAGUAUAGGCUUAAUAUUCAUUUAUGAACAAACCCCAGACUUCUAAAAAGCCAGAUAACAAUAUACUUUCUUUUAGCUUUCAAGAACCCGUGGUUGAUAAAUUUUUUUAAUGUGGCUCCACAAUCAACAAGAAUCAAAAUAGCUAAAGCUUUUGUAAGAUAAUAAAAAAUACAGAGAGCAGUCACAGUGACGAGGAAGAGGAGGAGGAGAACACUCAUUAAAAAAAUAUGAUAGAAUAAGAGAAGGAGGAGAAAAUUAAGGAGAUUCAAAAUUAGGUUAUCGAAGAAUAAAUCAUAAUUCAAACUGAAGGCAGGGCAAAAGAAAUAGCAAUCCAAUUCAAAAAGUAGGAGAGGCGAAUAUCAUAGCAAAUCGAAGCAGGAAUGAAUGCGCAAGAAUCCAGUAUUCAAAAGAGAAAGGAGAUGAGGAAGCUGCGGUCUUAAUUCUCAUUGCAUAACAUCAAUAAAACCCAGUCUACUCCAACGAUCAAACAAUUCGGGUAGCAUAAAACUCCAUAAGAUGAUCCUAAUUGUAUUCCCGAAGAAACAAAUGAGAUAGGCAGUGGCAAGUUGUCUUCGAAUAAGAAGCAUGUAGAAGUUAAUUAAUUUUAAUUUAAUGAUGAAUGUAAAUGA